AUGAAGGGGGCGCAGAAGGCCAAGAGUAAGGGCAGCAUGUCGCCCAAAGGAGGAGCCAAGAAGAAGACCCGGCAAUGCAUGGUCGAAAUCGAAAUCGAUCCCUCGGAUACCAUCGAGACCGUCAAGGCCAAGAUCUGCCAAACAGGAGGGCUGACGUUUGAUCAAGAGCAGCGCCUCAUCUUCGACGGCAUGGAGGUCAUGGACCACAAGCGCGUGAGGCAGUACAGCAUCGCGCCGGGCGAUGUCGUCCACCUAAUCCGCAAGGAGCGCUGA